UUCGUUCAGUCAGUCUGCUCGCGACCGUCUAGAGGGUUGGUAUGGUCUUUCUGUAAACCACAUAACGCGAUUCGGUGUGAUUUGUGUUUUGUUUAGUGGUGCACGAUGGCUUACAACGGUAGUGGUGGCAAGAGACUAUGUACUGGGACUGAACUCGACGUUGAAAGGAUGAUUAAACAAGAACUAAAUCAAGAUAUUCUAGACAUAGUACAAGAGCCAGGUUUUCUCGAUUAUAGACGUUUCCGAUACCAGAGUAAUGGAAAUAACUACAUGGCCGGAGAGCCGAGACGCAAACGAGAGCCGCCGGCGAGGCCCAACCACAUACUGCUGUACACCAUCAUCAACCCGGCCUACCCCAUCACUGUGGACGUGAUACACACAAUAAGCACACCGCACGGACAAGUACAGAGGAUCGUCGUGUUCAAGAAAAAUGGCGUUCAAGCCAUGGUUGAAUUUGAAACAGUGGAGUCUGCGACGCGGGCGAAGGAGGCGCUACACGGCUGCGACAUAUAUUCCGGAUGCUGUACACUCAAAAUUGAAUUCGCAAAGCCGGAGAGAUUGAACGUGUUCAAAAACGACCAGGACAGUUGGGACUACACAUUGUCAGAAGACGUGCAGCCGGCCCAGCGGAGCGCCCCGCUUUUACAGUCUCCACAAUUUACAGGCGGAAGGCCGCAGCCUUACAAUCCGUCAAGCGCGCCUCAGACUUCCACCAGAUCGUGUAGCGACGACUCUUGCAGCCAACACAGUCAGCAUUCGUGCGAACAUACACAAAACGACAUGGACUAUGGAAGCGGAGGGCCUCCGCCCCCGGGGAUGAUGAAAGAGAGACACGGGCCUCCACCCCCUCACCAUCCUAGGGACGGGCGCGGUUAUGGACCAGAGGGCUACGGGGGCGAAGGGUUUGUCCCCCCUCCGCCGAUGCACCACCCGCCCAUGCCGCCACAGAACCAGGGUGGUCCCCCGCAACAAGGCGCUGUGAUGAUGGUGUACGGACUCGACCCUCAGACAGCCAACGCUGAUAGACUAUUCAACUUGUGCUGCCUAUACGGAAACGUUGUUAGAAUAAAAUUCUUGAAGACGAAAGAAGGCACGGCGAUGGUGCAGAUGGGCGACGCCGUCUCAGUAGAGAGGUGCGUGCAGAACCUCAACAACGUCACCGUCGGAGACUACACAUUGACAUUGGCCUUCUCGAAACAAGCAUAUCUAUCCGAGGUGAUGAACCCCUACCCUCUCCCUGACAAGAGCCCCUCGUUCAAGGAUUACGUCGGCAACAAGAACAACCGCUUCCUCACGCCCGCCUCCAUACACAAGAACAGAAUACAACCGCCAUGCAAGGUGCUGCACUUCUUCAACACGCCGCCCGACGUGUCGGACGACCAGUUGCUCAGCGUGUUCAAGGACUACGGCGUCGCGCCCCCGCACACCAUCUCAAAGUUCCCACUUAAGAGCGAACGGUCGUCGUCAGGCCUCAUGGAGUUCCAGAACAUAUCGCAGUCUGUGAUGGCGAUAAUGGCGUGCAACCACGCCACAAUACAACAUCCUGGUGCAAAGUUCCCGUUCGUUAUGAAACUGUGCUUCUCGUCGACGCGGCAGAUCGGCAAGGGGCCGCAGAACAAACCCGACAACAGACAGAAUAACGGGCUCGCCGACGAUUACUACUAACGGCGAAGCGGCGGAGACAUUAACUCACACAUAUCAAGAUGGACGGCACACACACACACACAGCCACACCACUACGAGUGCGGGGAGGGAGGGGCUGCCAUUGCAAAAAAGAAAAAAAUACGAAAAAAAAAAAACAUACAACACAGUCAAAAACGUGAAAAACGAAAGACAUCUUGACUUCAAGUUAUAUUUCUCGGACACAUAUUUUUUUAAGCAAUGGCAUUAACUUUAUAAUUCCUUAUUUUUACAAUUUUUGUGAUCUAGAUCACUCUAUAAAGACAUUAACAGUUAGUUUUUUUUUAAAUAUAAUUAUAGACACAGUAACAAGAUUUAUCAUGUUAUACUUAUAACACAUUUUUUUUACAUUUCCAUAUUCGUUUGUCGGCCUUGACGCAGAGUUUGCUGCUCUGAUGAUUGCGCGAUGCAUUUUUGAUUUCUGACUAGUGGCUUAGUUAUAUAUUUGUUAAGUAAUAUUCCCAUUUUAUUUCUGUAAUAUUAGAUUAUAUAGAUCUCGGUGCCAUUUUCGAAAUCUCCCUUUUUAAAACUGACAAAAACGAUGUUAUAAAAUAUUAUGUUGAAUUUCAAUAAUUUUAUUUUGAGGAUGGCACUGAUUCAACAAAUUUCGUUACAUUUUUAGUGUAUUGAUAUUAGUUUGUGAGUUUGUUAUAAGGCAGUAGGUAUAUGUACACGUACCAUAGAUUUUUCGUUUUUCCAUUAGUACGUCCACACGUUCUUAUAUAAAUUAAAUUUAUAACGACGUGUGUACGCCAUUCAAUGUCCGAUUGAAAGUCGGUUGUUUUGUCAGCGGGGCAGUUGUGAAAUGUACAAGAAAUAAACAAAAUACGGUUUAAGGUAGCAAAUAUGAGUUUCAUUUUUGAUUUAUUUUGACACCGUGCUUGGAGUGUGCAUGUUCUCUUUCUGCAUGCCUUUUUUAAUAAAAAAAAAUAGACAUAUAUAUUAAUUUGACCAUUCUAUUAUAAGAACCAAAAAAAAUGUCUAAAUAUAAGAAAUAGUGUUGUACACUUUCUAGGCUAGUAGUAAGCGUCAUUGCAAUGUCAAUUAUAUUCGAUUAGUGAAAAAAAUAUGACAGUAUGGAUUUUCUAUAAAUUUUUCUUAAAAUAAACAAAACUAGUGAAAGAUUCGAUUAAAAAUUUGACUAAGCCUGCACAAGGACUAGAUAUAGGAAUUCAAAGGUAACACCAUGUUUGCGCUAUUUUGCCUAUUCUGUUCUUAACUAUAGGUGUUUGUAUCGUGUGAACGUGUGGUAGCUCGCCUAUAUCACUGUUUAUGAUGUGACUCAACCUUAAUUCUUCGAUUUUUUUUUAUUCUACAGACACUACGUCAAUUUUAAAUUUUCAACCAAUACUGUCUUUUUUAAAUUUUCAUAGAUUAAACAGUCGUAUAGCCGACAUUAAAUAGAACCCUAAAUAGCUUAAAAUAACAUUUAAAGUCAAUGUUAUCAGGUAAAUAGAUGCAUAUCUUUUUCUCUAGUAUUUUCGAAUGGAAAAAUUAAAUGUUUAGUAUUAGGACGUGGAUGUCGUGAUAGCUUACCUCUGAUUGUGUUAAAUGUACAGAGAAUAUAUUGAAAUUGUUUCAUUGUCAAACAUAUUUUUAUUAUAAUACGGUUGAUUGGUGUUAUUAGUUAUUGUUUUGGAAUACUGACAAUACACAAACUCAAAUAAUACAAGUUUUUGGACGGGAAAAUUGGCGGAACCCCUAUUUAAUGUCAAAAAGAUAAUGUCAAUUUUCUGUCUGAAUCACAACAAAUUAAAAAAAAAAAACAUUUCCACUGUGAUCGAAAGCUUUCUUAGCGCGACUACCAUUUUGCCAAGUUGUAUCAAAAAAUAUUUAUGAAAAUUCAGUAUUUUAUAAUUUUACCUCUACAAAUUUAAGAUUUUAGUGGAAAUGGAUUUUUCCGAAAAUAUCGCAAGCGUACCAACAUGGACACAAAAAAACAGCGCGCUGUCAGAACAUAUGAUUAAGAAUUGUAAUCGUUUAUUUAAUUUUCCCCUUUCAUUUAUAUAUUUUAGCUUACUUGAUUGGUAACUAGGUAUUUGUAGUUACAUGGUAAACAUUAAAUACAUGUCAACACAACAAAA